AUUCCUGGCAACAGUGUUGGGAGGCAACUAUGCUAAGCAUAGGGACUUUGCAAGUUUUGAGGACUCAACAGUUGAGGACAAGAAGGAAAAAAAGAAGGAUUUUAGCUCUUAAUUGGGAUUGUUAUAAAAUUACAAAAUAAUUCGAUCAUUUUAUAAAUUAUAACUCAAUAAAAGAAAACAUGUUUGGUUCAGCUUAAGGGUCUUAUGCUCCAAUCCGAAGGGGGGCUGAGAAGAGAUGUUGUUCGGAGAGGGUGAAUCCACGAUGAUCAACCAUCUCAAGAGAGAGUUUGAAGCUUUGCUUGCAAGAAUCAGCAGUCUGGAGAAAGAAAAUCAGGAACUGAGACGAGAAACAGCUCAUCUCAGGUCACAGGUUAACAAGCCAUUCAAGUCACAUCAUGUUGAGAGGAACACCAUGUUGGGGAAGCAGAAGCUGGAGAAUUCCACGGAGCUGAAAUCCAAAGAAACAGCGUUGGAACCUGCAAACAAACAAGAAAUGAAAACGCAGUCAUCGUGUCAGCUUCAACAGAAACCUGGUACUAGUAAUAAGUUGCCAGCAGGCCCAGCACCACCGCCCCCACCACCACCUUUGUCCAAGACGGGUGGCGCGAAAGCCCUACGACGCGUACCUGAGCUGAUAGAAUUCUACCGGUCACUUGUGAAGAGGGAUGCUCAGAAGGAAAGGAGUAAUGCAGUAGUAUCAUGCAGUGCAGCUUUGAAUCCCAAGAACAUGAUCGGAGAGAUUGAAAACCGAUCUUCGCAUCUUCUUGCUAUAAAAACAGAUGUGGAGACACAUGGAGAAUUUAUAGAAGGCUUGUCGAGGGAGGUAGAUGCAGCAGCAUUUACAGAGAUCUCAGAAGUUGAAAGCUUUGUGAAAUGGCUGGAUGGAGAACUGACCUGCUUGGUGGAUGAAAGGGCAGUCCUAAAGCACUUCCCCAAGUGGCCUGAAAGAAAAGAAGACGCAUUGAGGGAAGCGGCUUGCACUUACAGAGAGUUAAAGAACCUUGAGUCCGAGAUUCUAUCUUUCAAGGACAACCCGAAACAACAAAUAUUACAGUCCCUCAGAAAGAUUCAAACACUACAAGACAGAUUGGAAAGAAGUGUUGGCAAUGUGGAGAGAAUUCGAGAAGGAACAAGCAAGCGAUAUAAAGAGCUUCAAAUACCUUGGGCAUGGAUGCUGGAAUCUGGAUUUGUUGGUCAGUUGAAAUUAAGUUCUUUGGGAUUAGCAAAGCAGUAUAUGGGAAAGAUAACUAAUGAGUUGAAAUGUCGUGAGCCCCCUCAAAGAGGAGACCUAAUUCUUCAUGGAGUUCGAUUUGCGUAUAGAGUUCAUCAGUUUGCAGGAGGAUUCAAUACAGAAACUGUGAAGGCAUUUGAAGGCCUGAAAUCCAUCAGCAUAAAUCAUGAAAGCCGAUAGGUUUCAUGGGGACCGUGAAAUUCUCAAACAAAAAUGUUAGGUGAAA